AUGCGUUGUCCAAUUCAUCUUUCAUCUUCAACAACUCGCCUCCCUCGAUUUCGCUUCACACCCUUCCAAACCCAUUCCUCUUUUCACAAUAACAACUUCAUCACACAAAACCCUAAUCCCAAUCCCGUUCCCGUUCAUAUUCCCGCUGUUGAUCACACCACCGUUCACCAAACCCUAACCUCCUUUAACAACGACUGGAAACGCGCACUCGAAUUCUUCAAUUGGGUAGAAACCGAAUUCAAAUUUCAUCACUCCACAGAAACAUAUAACCUAACCCUAGACAUUCUCGGCAAAUUCUUCGAAUUCCAACAAUGCUGGAAUUUAAUUCACAAAAUGCGCAACAAUCCUCACUCUUUCCCCAAUCACACCACCUUCCGCGUCAUGUUCAAACGCUACAUUUCCGCUCACUGCAUCGACGAUGCAGUCACCACUUUUCAACGUCUCAAUGAGUUCAAUUUGAAAGACGAAACAUCUUUCCAUAACCUCAUUGACGCUCUCUGUGAAUAUAAACACGUUCUCGAAGCUCAAGACUUGGUUUUCAGUAAGAAAAAGACUCUUAAUUUAGCUUGGAAUGUUGAUGGGGUUGUGAGUAGUAAUAAUACUAAGAUCUAUAAUAUUGUUCUUCGUGGUUGGUACAAAUUGGGAUGGUGGAGUAAGUGUUGGGAGUUUUGGGAUGAAAUGGAUAAAUUAGGGGUUCAAAAGGAUCUACAUUCAUAUUCUAUUUAUAUGGAUAUUUUGUCUAAAGGUGGAAAGCCUUGGAAAGCUGUGAAAUUGUUUAAGGAGAUGAAGAGAAAAGGUAUUAAAUUAGAUGUUGUUGUUUAUAACAUUGUGAUUAGAGCUAUUGGUGUUUCUCAAGGUGUUGAUUUUUCGAUUAGGCUAUUUCGAGAAAUGAAGGAUUUGGGUUUUAGUCCUACUGUUGUUACUUAUAAUACAAUCAUUAGGCUUUUGUGUGAUAAUUAUAGAUAUAAGGAAGCUCUCACAUUGCUUCGAACUAUGCGUAGUAAUGGUUGUUCUCCUAAUGCCGUUUCUUAUCAAUGCUUUUUUUCUUGCCUUGAGAAACCGAAGUUUAUAAUUGAAUUGUUUGAUGGGAUGAUUGAAAGUGGGGUUCGUCCUACUAUGGACACAUAUGUUAUGCUCCUCAAGAAGUUUGCAAGGUGGGGGUUUCUUCGAUUGGUUUUUCUGGUGUGGAAUAGAAUGGAAGAACUUGGAUGUAGUCCCGAUGCGUCUGCUUACAAUGUUUUGAUUGAUGCUCUCGUUGAGAAAGGGUUGAUAGACAUGGCUAGGAAGUAUGAUGAAGAGAUGUUGGCUAAAGGACUUUCGCCGAAGCCGAGGAAAGAGUUGGGAACAAAGGCUUUGGGAGGAGAACUUGUUGAGGAAUAG